GGGGAGGGCUGUCCAACGGGGCGUGAGGCCGCUCUAGCCCAGGGGAAGCGCCGCCUGUCUCUAUGGCCCGCCCUUCUCCUUCCCUCAGCCUGCUGCCGCCGCCGCUGCCUUCUCUGCUCGGCCUAUCGAAGAUCCUUGCUGUCACAUUUCUGGAUAUUCUGUUGAACCUUCUUAAGAAUUCAGAGAAAUUGCUGGGUGACCACUGAAAGAAAGAUCUAAUCUUCAGGCUUACGCAUAGUCCAUCCACUCCAUCAGAAUAAUGUCCUAUGUUUUUGUAAAUGACUCGUCUCAGACUAAUGUGCCCUUGCUGCAAGCCUGUAUUGAUGGAGACUUUAACUAUUCCAAGCGGCUUUUGGAAAGCGGCUUUGACCCAAAUAUUCGUGACAGCAGGGGCAGAACAGGCCUUCACCUCGCAGCAGCCAGAGGGAAUGUAGACAUCUGCCAGCUGUUGCAUAAAUUCGGUGCUGAUCUCCUGGCCACAGAUUAUCAAGGAAACACAGCUCUGCAUCUCUGUGGCCAUGUGGAUACUAUUCAAUUCUUAGUUUCCAAUGGACUCAAAAUUGAUAUUUGCAAUCAUCAAGGUGCUACACCCUUGGUUCUGGCAAAGCGCAGAGGAGUGAAUAAAGAUGUCAUCCGAUUGCUGGAGUCUUUGGAAGAACAAGAGGUAAAAGGAUUUAACAGAGGAACUCACUCAAAACUGGAGACCAUGCAGACAGCUGAGAGUGAAAGUGCCAUGGAAAGCCAUUCUCUCCUCAAUCCCAACCUGCAGCAAGGGGAAGGAGUCCUAUCCAGCUUCCGAACCACAUGGCAGGAGUUUGUCGAGGACCUGGGCUUCUGGAGGGUGUUGCUCUUAAUCUUUGUCAUUGCUUUGCUAUCUCUUGGCAUUGCAUACUAUGUGAGCGGGGUGCUUCCCUUUGUGGAGAAUCAGCCUGAACUGGUGCAUUAAAGGAGCCCAUGAGGGUGGGGCCGGUACCUCUUUCCUGGCUUCUGCUAUUCCUUCUGAGUUUCUCAGACGUUUUCUCUUAGUGCAAGGCAGUGAGGGCUGUACAUUCUUUGUGCAUUUUUAUGUAUUGUAAUCCUUUUCAAAUGACGUGUUCAUUGGAACUAACCACAUACCGUAGUCAAGUAUACUUCAUCCUAAAGCUACCUCUGACUCAGCCCGACUUGUUAGGAAAGCCUUCACAUAGCCUUGUUUGAUAAAAACAUGGAGGUGACUGAAGAAUGAAAGAUAAAGGAAGAGACUAGGGAGUCCUUGCUACGGAAACCUUAUCCUAAUAUGGGACCAACUAAAGUGAAGUAUUCAAAAAGAGAAAGGUUUUCUUCUGUGAUUACUUUUUGUUAGUUGGUGGAUUUGGGUUUUGUUUAUUUUUGCAAGAGCCCCUUUUUUUCUUUUUCUUUUUCUUUUCUGGCAAUAGGGGGAGAGAAUGAAACAUUAAGCUUAAAACUUGAAGUGCUUUUUUUACAUCCCGUAUAGCAAAUCAGUAUUGUGGGAAUGUGUUUGGUUUAUUUAAAUAUUUUCAAGUCUAGUGACAAACUGAACAGAACUUUUGAAAAUGAGCUGUAUUUUCUUCAAAAAUGAUUGAUUUGAUCUUAUAUUUAUUUGUUUAUAGGAUAAUUUUGGCUUUCUUUUUUGUAACCUGCUUUGCUUGUUGUUAAUAUCUGUGAAAAAAGAACUUGAGUUCAUUUUGUUCACUUUCCCGUUUCCCCUAAUGUUUAUAUCAAAGAUCUCCCGUUCAUCAAAAAUAUAGUCAGAAAACUCUUUUUCUACUCAGUAGUUAGCAGGGAGAGAUAAUUCUGACAUCUGUCACUGUAAUUCUGUAGUGCUAUUGUGAAAAAUUCAGUUCUGCAGGCUAGCUGUGUUGUCACAACUGUAGCAUAGUUCAUAAUUAUUUCAUUUUACAUGCAAUCCUGUUUAGAGACCCCUUUAGAAUUGUCCUAACAGUCUCAUCCGUGUCAGGAAUUCUCUGAUGCAAUAACGGAUAGAGCAUUCCUAAGGUUACAGUGCUGAGCACUGCUGUCCUGGGUGUCGUAAACUCUUUGCAGAUGGUGAUACUAUGUAAAUUGGAAUCUGGUCCCCAGACUAUAUUACAGCUUUCAGCAGUAUGUUUGAAGGCCUCUUUUGUUAAUGAUUCUGUUAUGUAUAAAUCAUACUCUUGAGUUUUUAAAAAGUAUAUGAAGAGCUGAUAAUUAUUCAGAGUAUAGUCAGAAAAUUGUAGCGAAAGAACUAAUGGUUUUAUUUUUUAGAACAAAGGCACCUAAGCUACUGCUAAUUGAAUUGUUGCUAGAGUUAGAAAUUAUAGUUUAGAGUAGGAUUGGCAUUUCUGUGAUUCUUGUUGCUUCUUGAUAUUUUCUCUUGUAUUUAUAUAUGUAGGAUUGAGGUGUUUUCUUUCAUGUGGCUUUAUCCUCUCUUAAAGAGUUGUUUAAAAAUUCCUGAUUUAACUGACUGCUUCAGGAUCAGCUCACAGUCUUGUUUUUAGGGUAGAAACAAAAUAAAUCAUACUUGGUAAAAUACAGCAAAGUAAAAGCCAACUUUAGAAUGGAGAAUACUAGAACUCAAAAUCAGAGUAUAUUCAGAAUGAAAGCUUUGGGAUUCGCUUUAUGUUUGUAAAUCUAAAUAGAUAAGCAAGAUCGGUUAACAUAUAUGUAAAGAUACUGCAUUUUUUAAAGAGUUUAAGUGCUGAUUUCUUUGUAUUUUAAUGUCUGCAUUCAGCAUUCAGUAAUACUACCAAUAAAUGCAUUUAUAGUCUCUUAAUCACAACCCAUUUCCUUAGUGUGUCAUUGUUUUAAUUUAGGGCUCUUUGUAAUAGGUUGCAAGUGCCUGUUAAAAAAAAAGUUUUUUUCAAACCUGAUGUAACAGGUAUAUUGAAUUUCACAUAUGUUUGCCUUGUAAGUGCUCUGAAACUAAUUUGGGUGAAUUGCUUAUGGAUUCAAAAGUGAUAAUAACUACCAUGAUCAAGUACCUUUCUAUUGCGUAUUUUACUUAACGUGCCUCAUCUCAUGCCAUCGGUUGGUCCCCCGACCCAAGCUAUGUUUUUCCAUUUUGUAAAGUGAGAAAACUGACACAGGGAGGUUGUGACUUGUCCAAAGUCAGAUAGAUAGGACAUAGUAGAACAGGGAUUCCAAGCUGAGGCUCUGUCCCGAUUAUAAGUUUCUUUUUUCCUUCUGCCCCACUCUCUGUCAUGCACCUGACAGUGGAGUCAUCUAGAACCUUGCCUGCUGCCAUCACAGGAAUACAUUACUAAAUUUUCCACCCACAUUCUUAAAACUUUUGCUCCUUCUAUACUGUGCCAUUGCCCACAUCCUCUCAGUAUUACCAGCCUUUAAAAUUAAAGGUCUAACUCUGGCAUGUUCAGAAGACCUUCCCUAGUUAACCUUGACAGCCCACUUCUCUGCCUCUUAUUUCCUCAUCAGUUACCAUACUGAAUAAACAUGUUUGCUUGUU